AUGACCACUUUGCUAUAUUCCCUUCUCACUCUAAUUCUUAGCCUGGCCGCAUACCUUAUACUAACGAAACCGAAACCAAAGGCUGACUGCCAAAUCUUGACACUCCGAUCUCCCAACCAGAUCACAUCCGUGGACAUUUGGUCACUAGUCCUUCAAGCUAUUCUCAAGCACCUACCAGGAUACAGUCCGGCACUCAUAGCAGGCUCAAACGAAGACCAGACUUUCCAGCUCCCAGCAGUGAGAACAGAAGGCCUACUACGCAUCAGCGAAGAGAACAUUGCAAGCUUCAUCAGGGCCGUUAAUCCCCAGCCCCAAGAGCCAACUUCGGAAGCACACGGAGGCACGAUCAAUCCAUUCUUCCUACCAGCUCAAACAGUACCUCUCAUCAUCACGAUUCUCGCCAAUCGAAGUUGCCCUAUAAGGCCUCUAGGUGCCGUCAACACCCGCAACGUCUUCCACUUCCUCAACCCGGCUCUUUGCAGGAAUGCCACAGCACUGAAAGCUGCCGCAGCGGCCGGAGAGCUUAGCUAUGGUGCCAGAUUCGGCGGAGAGGCAAGGUCUGGACGGAGAAGGAAGCGCGGCGUGGAGUUCUGCGUGGCCAUUGAAGUCUUCACGUCGACUGAAGUUAUCCUGAGGCAGGAAUGCUAUUUCUUGCAGUUCUUGCCUAAGAAUGUUCUGCCGAAGUGGGGUGGGCAAGAGCAACCGAAACCGGAAGCAGUUACGGAUCAAAAUGAUGCGAUCAACAGCAAGAUGUCAUUGUCUUCAGAGGAUCCUAUACGAUGGGCAGCUACCUCAAAAGACUAUAAUCCGAUCCAUGUUUCGAGAAUUGGUGCGAAACUCUUUGGCUUCCAAAAUGUCAUUGCACAUGGCAAUCAUGUUGGAGCACUUGCAGUUCAAAAUCUUUGGGCAGACGCGAACUCCUCGUCCAGCGAAGCAUAUCGUAUCUGCUGGCAGUCAGACAGGCCUUUCAGCAUCGAGCUCGAUUUUACAAGACCGUUUAUCUUGCCCGCCACAGCAGACAUACAAUGGCAGACACAGCGUGACGGAAGUGAGCAGCCGAGAGUCGGGCUUAAAGUCACGAGAGGAGACAAGUUGUGUCUGGAAGGCAGUGUUGUCAGUAAAUAAGAAAUUCCGAAUCCGCAAGAGCAAGAGAAACGAAGUACAAUACAAGGUCAACCAACAAG